AUUCGCACCUCCCCUCAUCGUCCCGUCACUCCCUCUAACCUUUCCCCUCUCCGCCGCUCUCCCCCCACUCCGGCGUCGCUCUCCAUCCCCCCACCACCGCCGGCGGCGCCGCUCCCCCUCACCCCCAAGGCCAAGUCGUAAGCCAGCCGUCGAGGCCAUGUCGUCGUCUUCCUCCUCCUUCCCGACCUCUCGCUCCCCUUUCCCCGCCGGCGCCGGCGCCGGCACCAGCGGGGGCGGAGGAGGAGGAGGAGGGGGCUCCGGCGGCGGAGGUGGGGGUGGAAGAUGGAGCGGCGUGCGCCCCUGGGGCUCCAGCGGCGGCACGUCGGUGUCGUCGUCGGGGAAGCGGAUUCAGAAGGAGCUGAUGGACCUCAACGCCUCCGACUGCUCCGCCGGCCCUAAGGGCGACAACCUCUACCACUGGCUCUCCACCAUCAUCGGACCUCAGGGAUCUCCGUAUGAAGGAGGGAUAUUUUUCCUCGAUAUUGUAUUCCCAAUUGACUAUCCGUUUAAACCUCCCAUGAGUGGAUAGCACACUCAUAAUACAGAGGAAAUACACAUGGGCUGGCAAUUGUGGCUUGAUUUGAUGUUUCAGUAAUUAAUAAUAUGGAAGGUAACUUUCAAGACAAGGAUUUAUCACUGCAAUGUUGACUCCACUGGUAACUUGAGUAUGGACAUUUUAAGGGAAGGAUGGAGUCCUGCUUUAACUAUUUCAAAGGUGCUACUUGCCAUUAAAGCCAUCAUAACAAACCCAGA